GAAGGAGUAGUUGACUGUAUAUCAGGGGCCUCUGCCCUUCGCUGAUUCGGUCAGUUGCUCUAGUCGAGUCCCAGCGGCAAGUUGUGCUUUAUAGACUGUAUCGAAAAAGCCACCCCGGUUUCUUGUGUUGUGCGAUUCAACCGCGUCAGUAAUUACAAAAAUGUCAGAGUCAGAUUUAUUAGCUUCCGACCAAAUUGACGAUCUGGAUGGGCUUGAAAACGGCCAGGAUGGUGACUCCAUUAUGCAGUCAGAUUAUGUCAAACGUGAAUUCAACGAAGCUAAUGUAGAUGAUCCAGAGCUAGAGGCUAUCAAAGCACGUGUUCGGGAAAUGGAAGAAGAAGCUGAAAAAUUAAAACAAUUACAAUCUGAAGUCGAUAAGCAAAUGAAUAUGGGGAGCCCACCAGGAAUAACUAGUCCAUUGAAUAUGUCAAUUGAGGAUAAAAUGGAAGUAGACAAUAGGUCAAUUUAUGUCGGCAAUGUCGAUUAUGGAGCAACAGCUGAGGAAUUGGAGCAGCAUUUCCACGGAUGUGGUAGUGUCAACAGGGUUACGAUACUUUGUAAUAAGUUCGAUGGCCACCCGAAAGGUUUUGCUUACAUCGAAUUUGCUGAGCGCGACUCUGUGCAAACAGCGAUGGCCAUGGAUGAAUCAAUGUUUCGUGGACGUCAAAUUAAAGUGAUGCCCAAGAGAACGAAUCGACCAGGAAUGUCAAUGACGAAUCGAGGACCCAGGGGCACACGAGGAUACAGGGGGGCAGCACGUGGAAUAAGCCGUGGAAGCGCUUAUUUUGGUUACAGACCAAUGAGACGACCUAGAUAAACCCAAUUUUAAUGAUAAAACGAGAAAAAAACGAAGGGAUUAAUUACUGUCCGUUUUUCGACAUUACAUUCUUUUUCUCGCAAACCAAUUGUGCUAAAUCUUCUUCGAUAUCGAUGAACAUUAUAGCUGAUGAUAGCGCUUUUACGACAUUAAAGAUAUCCACCAAAAUAAUGGUCUUAAUCAUUUAAAAUAGCAUCACAUUACCUUGAACAAUUUAUGGCCGUCCUUUCAUUAAUUUUUGCUUCAACUGUGUUCAUCAUUUUUUUACACUCCCAUAGCGAUUUAAUUUUCAUUAUCCGAAUUACUUAUUCGACAAUGACUAACAGAUAUAUUUAUUUGCUUCUGUCAAUAUAUAACUUUAUUAUUCAUUUAAUUUAGACACACGGUUUUGGGCAAUAAUUUUUACUAGAUUUUUUGAUUAAAGUAACGCGGGUGGGACGGUUGGUUGUUGUUCAUUAUUACAUUUGUCUCCUUUCAGGAGCUACAGACGAGGUUAUUACAUGCCAUACUGACGAUUCUAGAGCCAUUGUGAACAACAUCGCGAAGGCUGUGUAUCCAAG